AUGAAUAAUCUACAAUGCCUGAAUUAAAACAUUGUCAAUCCACUUGAUAAUUAUAUCAUAGGUGUAUAAAUUAAUAUAUAUAGAGUAGUCCAUUGGUAAGGGAACCUUUGGUAAAGUUUAUAGAGGUCUUCAUAAACCUACUCAAUAAUUUGUGGCCAUAAAAAUUCUUGAGAAAAGCAGAAUUGAAUAACCUGCAGAUUUCACAAGAAUAUAAAGAGAAAUUCAUAUUCUUCGUAAACUUCGCCAUCCAAAUAUUGUUCAAUUAUACGAAAUUCUUGAAUCAGAAACUAAAAUUUAUCUAAUUAUGGAGUUUGUAAGUGGAGGUGAACUAUUUCAGCAUAUUGUCAAAAAUAAGCGACUUUCAGAGAGUUAAGCUGCUGCACUCUUUUCAUAAAUCAUUGAAGCCAUAGAAUAUUUGCAUUCUCUAAAAAUUGCUCAUAGAGAUCUUAAACCUGAAAAUCUACUCUUAGACAAAGACACUUUAAAAGUAGUUGACUUUGGUCUUAGUAAUAUCUAUACUGAUCUACUUUCUACUCCAUGUGGCUCUCCUUGUUAUGCUGCUCCAGAAAUGGUUUCUGGCAUCUCAUAUUCAGGUAUAAAGACCGAUAUUUGGGCUAGUGGCAUAAUCUUAUAUGCCAUGUUAUGUGGAUAUGUACCUUUUGAAGACUCAAAUACAAGAAAACUUUAUGAUAAGAUCAAGCAUUCCGAUUUUCAAAGACCUUCUCAUCUAAGCCCUUAAGUUAUUGAUUUAUUAUAAGGAUUAUUGAAUAAGAAUCCCUAAAAUAGGUUAAACAUUCCUAAAAUUAAAAUGCAUCCCUUUAUCAGGUAAUACCAUUUUAAUAUUUUAAAAGUCAAUAUUCAUAUUCCGUUUAAAUUCAUCGCACCUUAGCUAUCAAUCCAAACAUAAUAAAAUAGUUAUAAAACAUUGGAAUUGAUAGUUAAAAAUGUAAAGAAAUGAUCAUCAAUAACAAACACAAUCCUAUUACUACUACUUAUCAUCUUUUAAAUAAAUAUUAAAAGCCAACUUUACAAACUUAAAGAGUCCGAACUCAUUAGAGUAUUAAAUCAGUUAUUGAUAAACCAGGUAAUUCAAUUGAACGAAGACCUAAUUCAAGCAUUUAUCAUAAUAAAACUAAAUCAUAGGAAAACAAUUACACUACUACUAUGCAUAUGAAUCGAGAAUACAACAAUCGUAUUUCAGAAAGACCUAAAUCAACUGAAAGAAGACUGUGCACCGAAAUUGAUAGGUGGGAACGUAUUAAGACUUAAAAUGAGACAAAAGAAAAUUCUCAAAGAAAAACUCAUAUGUCAAAACCUAGUAAAUCACCAGUUUUGUAUGCCGAAUAUAAGUUGAAAACAGCAAGAAUUAUGUGAUUAAUAUAUAUAUAUAAUAAAUGAAGAAUUAAAUUUCUAGUUUUAUACUCAAGACUUACAACAUUUUAGAAGUAUCCAAGAUCACUAAAUUAGAAUAAUAUGUAUGAAGACAUUGUUAGUUGGAAUCAAGAUGGGCUAUCUUUUACAGUCAAAAAUAUAAGUCAAUUCUCAUCGAUUGUUCUACCCAUUCACUUCAAGCAUUAAAAUUUCUCUUCCUUUAUUAGAUAGGUAGUUCUUGGUAUUACAUUAAGUUAAACAUGUAUGAUUUUCAUAAAACAAGAGGAGGAAGUGUCAAUGAAUUCAAAAAUGAAUAUUUCCAAAAAGGCAGAAAGUAUAAACCAAAUUAAUUAGGGAUCUACUUCAUUAAAUUAAGCGGAAAGCACAUAAUGAACUUAUACCACUUAGCUAGCCUGUGCAACAUGAUUCUUCUGAUUAACUCAAUUAAGUAACAACUAUAAAUUUAUUAUUAAAUUCUAGAUCUCCCAAAAAUGUGAUUAUUGGCAUAACCUUUGCUCCUCACUUCUUGAAAGAAAUCAUAGAGUUAUCAAAGAUAAUAAAACUCUCUAAAAAGUACUAACUAGUCAUAGUAAACUCUAUCUUUAAGAUGAAAUUAAGCACCAAGAAUAAUUGUGUAUUACAAAUGAAGAACUAACUAAUAAUGUUUAAUGAAAAUAUCUAAGUUUUUAUAAUUAAAUUUGUAUAAAUACAAAAUUUUUACUAUUAAUCUUUUUAUGUUCUACAAACAUUUUUUUCAAACUUAUAAAGUUUUAAAGAUAUUUUUGAUAUUUAUGAAAUCAAGAAAAUUUUCAGCCUAUAAAACUUUUUACAACUCUGA